UACCGUGCACCCAGGUGGAUGACAGGUAGUGCGAGAGCGAUUUGAAAUCAGACUCCUCCGUAUGAUUUCUCGACUCGUUUUCGCGGUACUUUGAUGUCAUCUGCAUGUCGGUUCUUGCGGCACUACGUAAAGUUGAGCACACCUAAAAAUGAAAACUCAAUUCGCGGCGGCUAUGAACUCAGCAUAAAACUCCCUGCGUAUGUCUGCGCCUCGUCCAUUGUAUAGCAAGAAAAAUGAUCUCUUUUCAGCGUGAAGGUGUGGCCUGUGAACUGACUGAGAUGCGUCUCAUCGUGAAUGCGUGAGCCUUCCUGCUAUUAAAUAAUUUAAAAGAAAAAAAAAACUCGUUAUAUGGUUGGUCACGGAUUUUGUGAUUCUUCCUGUUGCGCCUGUAGAAUUUCACUGAUCAGAGAUGUAGGAAACUGGUUGUACUGGUCGUUUGCAUAACUUGUACAACUCGUUUUGGGAAAGCAGAAGCCAUUCGGCUAUUCACUCUGAAGCAUUUAACGACAAUUAAAUAACUUUUAGGACAUUUUAGGACCAUGAGGUUGAGUUUUCCUGCUGGUUCAUCACUGAACAGCACGCGCACUGUCUGCGCGUGGAUUUAUCGAUUGUUGUGCUUUCGUAACCUGAAACUGCUUCCUGUCCUGUGUGCAUGCGUUUUACUCAUUUACUGGAAUUUUAUGAGAUUGACGUCGUCAUCAUCACCAACAUCAGAGGACUGGGACAAAAUAUAUGAGAGGGCUGUUAUAGAGGCUGAAGAGACCUCGAUUGAAUCAGUUAAUACUGAAGAGGAGACAGUACCAGCCUGCUCUUUAAGACACACCAUAAAGAAGGACAACAGUCUGAAAAAACGCUUUAACUUUUUAGUGCCUCUUCUUCAGUGGCGAGAUUCUUUUACUUCAACCGAGUGGCAAAAGCUCCAGGAUGCUCCACUGCCUUAUGGAUGGAAAGGACAGAUUUCUAAAGUGAUAGGCAAUACCCUUUCUCUUCUGUGGAACCCGUCUAACAGUCGUCUGUUCGAGCGAAACAAUUCACAGGAGUGUGUGCGUUGUGCCGUGGUGGGUAAUGGAGGUAUACUGAGAGGAUCGGGCCAGGGGAAGGUCAUAGACAGUCACGAUUAUGUUUUCAGGUUAAAUGCGGCAAUCAUCAAAGGCUUUGAGGAUGAUGUUGGGACAAAGACGUCUUUCUAUGGCAUCACUGCAAACUCUCUAAAGACCUCCUUUUUGUCUUAUUAUAGAGAGGGAUUCACGAAUGUCCCACGUGACCCGGGCAUUCGAUAUGUUUUUAUCCCUGCACAAACUCGAGACUAUAUCAUGUUGGCGGCCGCCAUCCAGGGUGUGUCUAUACCUUCAGGAUUUGAUGAAGGUGAUAGGCCUUCAAGAUAUUUUGGAAAUAAUCCUCAACAGUUCAGAAUGAUCCAUCCAUACUUCAUUCAGUAUGUCACUAACAGGUUUUUAAACUCCCCACAGAUGAAGGAAUACAGAGAUAUAUACAUGCCCAGCACAGGUGCACUGAUGCUCAUGGCUGCUUUACACACCUGUGACCAGGUGUCUGCGUACGGCUUCAUCACAGACAAUUACGAUGACUUCUCAGAGCAUUAUUUUGACACAAAACACAGGCCUUUGGUCUUCAAUGUCAACCAUGACAAGAGGAUGGAGGGAUGGCUGUGGAAGCAGUUACACACUCAUAAAGUCAUGUGGCUGUAUCAGAGACAGAGAUGAGUAAACAAUCCAGUUUAUGUCUGAAAGACUCUUGCAUACGGUCACGCUUUUAUCAGGGUCUCCAUCAUCAUCAUCAUCAUCACAGUCUUCAUCCUGUUCAAUGGAUUUAUCACACACACAACUGAGAGUCUCAACUUAUUGAGGAGCACAUAAAUACCCACCUUCAGUUUUUAUUAAGACUUGUUUGAUGUUACACCUAUGAACCUUAAUCUCUUGCCCCAGUGAUCCAGAUUCCUUUUCUUGUUGAUCGUCAUCCUGGUCUCCAUCAUUCUCAUUUGUUUGGUGCAAAGUGUAAAAAGAUAAAGAUCAUCGUAAAGUAUUUGUCUUUUUAUUUAUAUUUCAUGUUUGCGCACACAUCUGUUCAAUAAAACCCGUCCGCUGAGUUUA